AUGCUCACCAACAUGGUUCCCGGCACCCUCAUGCUGCUCGCUGCUGCUCCAGUCGCUGUUGUUCAAGCCCAAAACAUCGCCGCACAGCCGAUCGUGUACGAGACUGUCACCGUCCCGGCCAACUUGGUCAAUUCUCCCAAUGCCCAAAUUGGCGUCACCACCGUCGCUCUCUCGACCGUCACUGUCUUUGGCAGCGAGCCCAACUCUGCACUUGCAACAAUCGUGAUCUCACCAGAUGGCCAGGAGAGCAGCAUUGCUGCAAUCUCCGGCAGCGAAUCUAUCAGCGGAGCGGCUGCCAGCAGUGACCUCACUUCAUCGGUUCCUUCUGCUUUUCCCACUGUAACCGCCGUCAACGGCAGUUCUUUCGGAAACUUCACCAACUCGACAUGGCCGCUAGACAAUUCCACCUCUGUCACCUUGAUCGACCCCACCGGCACAGAUGCGGGUGCCCAGGAAAGCAACACUGCUCAUGACGGCAAGCCUGUGGACACUGCUGGAAAUGCCAAAAGCGCUGCAUCCUCCGAGACUCUUGGUCUCGUUAACGGGGUUGUCAGGGGCAUCGUCGUUGCCUUCCUCGUUGCUUUGGCCCUUUGA